AUGGAGGGCACCCGUGGUCGGUACGGCACGACCUUGCACUCCUCCUUCAGCUCCCGCUCCCAGAGCAAUGGCUUGGACCCCAAAGCCUCGCUGUACCAGCCACUGGCCAAGAAGGAUUUUGGCACGCUGAAGGGCAGCGGCUGGUCCUCGCGCUCAGCGGUGGACCUCACCCCACACAAGCGGAUGGCGACCAUCAGCAACGGGGGCCUGGCGAAGGGCCGGGGCUACAGCACCGGCUAUGCCAUGUCGCAGGCUGCCAACACCUCGCCGCGGCCCAGCUCCUUCCACGAGCGCAACUACCGGCCCCGUCAGAACUUCGACACCCUCUCGCUGCGCUCCCUGCGGCUGACCGACGGGCCGCUCCAGCCCACCGCCAUCGCAGAUGACCGCUAUAGCGUCAUCUCAGAGCAGCUGGAUCCCGUGGGUCACCGUCCCCCCUACAAAAGCCGAGUCAACGGUGGCUUCGCCCGCUCCUACACCUUCGAGAGGCAGAUGAGCGCCGGCUCCACCGCCAAGGCCGCCUCUGACUGGCUGGAGGGCGGCGAGGUGACCCAGAGCCGCACCAUCCGGGCGCCUGCCAUGCGCACGCUCCAGCGCUUCCAGAGCAACAACCGGUCGCGGCUUAGUACCGGCUCCUUUGGCAGCAUCCAGGCAGCCUCGCAGGCAGGCAUCGGGAGCUCGUACAUGGGGAUGGUGGAGCACAGCUCCCGCGCGCCCUCCAUGCACAGCCUGGCCGAGUCCAGCCACCACCUCCAGGACCAGCGUGCCAUGGAGAUGUACAAUGGGCACAGCACGCUGCUCAGCCACCAGUCGGGGGGGUUUGAUGACAUCGACCUGCCCUCGGCAGUGAAAUACCUGAUAGCCAGCGACCCCAACCUGCAGGUCCUGGGUGCUGCCUAUCUCCAGCACAAAUGCUACAGUGACAGCAACGCCAAGAAGCAGGCCCGCAGCCUCCAGGCCAUGCCCAAGCUGGUGAAGCUGUUCAACAGCCCCAACCAGGAGGUGCAGCGCCAUGCCACGGGUGCCAUGCGCAACCUCAUCUACGACAACGCCGAGAACAAGCUGGCGCUGGUGGAGGAGAAUGGCAUCUACGAGCUCAUGCGGACGCUGCGGGAGCCUGACGACGAGCUCCGCAAGAAUGUCACAGGGAUCCUGUGGAAUCUCUCCUCCAGUGACAACCUGAAGGAUCGCCUGGCCCGGGACACGCUGGAGCAGCUCACGGACCUGGUCCUGGUCCCCCUCUCUGGGCUGGGGGGUUCGGGUGUCAUCCAGCAGAACCCCUCAGAGGCGGAGAUCUUCUACAACUCCACAGGCUUCCUCAGGAAUCUCAGCUCUGCCAGCCAGCAGACUCGGCAGAAGAUGCGUGAGUGCCACGGGCUGGUGGACUCCAUGAUCCACUACGUGAACAGCUCCCUGGAAGUGGGCAAGUCAGAGGACAAGAGCGUGGAGAACACCGUCUGCGUCCUGCGCAACCUCUCCUACCGCCUGUACGACGAAAUGCCCCCGUCCUCCCUCCAGCGCCUGGAAGGCCACAGGAGGAACAACAGCAGCAUGGUGACGGGGGAGCUGGUGGGCUGCUUCAGCCCCCAGAGCAAGAAAGCACGAGAGCACUACCUGAAUGCGGACAUCGUCACCUUCACCGAGGUCUCCAAGGACCCCAAGGGCAUGGAGUGGCUCUGGAACCCACAGAUUGUGGGCAUCUACAACCGGCUGCUGCAGCGCUGCGAGCUCAACAAGCACACGACGGAGGCGGCCUCGGGCGCCCUGCAGAACAUCACUGCCGGGGACCGCAGGUGGGCGGGCGUGCUGAGCCGGCUGGCCCUGGAGCAGGAGCGCGUCCUGAACCCCGUGCUGGACCGUGUCCGCACCGCUGACCACCACCAGCUGCGCUCCCUGACGGGGCUCAUCCGCAACCUGUCCCGCCACGCCCGCAACAAGGACGAGAUGUUAACCAAGGUAGUCAGCCACUUGAUCGAGAAGCUGCCGGGGAGCAUCGGGGACAAGGCGCCGCCCGCUGACGUCAUCGUGAACAUCAUCGCGGUCCUCAAUAACCUGGUGGUGGAGAGCCCCAUGGCCGCUCGUGACAUCGUUUACUUUGAUGGUCUAAGGAAGCUCUUCUACAUCAAGAAGAGAAGGGACAGCUCGGACAACGAGAAGUCCUCCAGAGCAGCAGCCAGCCUUCUGGGCAACAUGUGGCAAUACACCAAGCUCCACCGGGACUUCAAGAUGAAGGGGUACCGGAAGGAGGACUUCCUCGGCCUGUGA